AUGGAGCAUGUUGAUGACUAUGAAGCACUGAGAGACUUUUUGCUUGAAGCUGAGUUGCAUCAAUAUUAUGAAUUAUUUAGGGACAUACUUAAAGUUAGUAAAUUGUCGCAGCUUAAAUAUGUAGCAAUUGAAGAUCUGGCCCAGAUAGGGCUGUCCAAACCUGAACAAAGACGAUACAAGAAACUUUACGCCAAAUACUUCCCUAACAACUACAUGACGAAGAUAAAGAAGCUUCUUAGUGCUAAUAAAAGGCAUGAUCCAUUUGGUCACAACUUCAAUCUAAGCACCAUAGAGUUUCCACAAUAUCCUGAAAGUAGUACAAAAGUGUCGCCUAAACAUAUAAUAUCCAUAGAAGAUAUCACAAUUAAUAAGGAAUUAGGGAUGGGUCAGUUUGGUGUGGUACAACAAGGAAUAUGGACUACAGGCAAUCAAAGACUUCAAGUAGCUAUAAAAUGCCUCGGCAACGAGCGAAUGACCUCAAACUCCACCGAAUUUCUCAAAGAAGCGGCUGUGAUGCACAGUAUUGAUCACCCCAGUAUUGUUAGGUUAUAUGGUGUUGUUUUACACUUGGACUCUUUAAUGUUGGUGACAGAACUAGCACCAUUGAGGUCCCUCUUAGAAUGCCUCCGUGAAGUGACGUUACGGAGUAACUUCCCAGUGCCUAACCUUUGUGAGUUUGCCGAACAAAUCUGUGAUGGAAUGACUUAUCUCGAAAAUAAAAGACUGAUUCAUAGGGAUCUAGCUGCCAGAAAUAUUUUAGUUUUUAGCAAAGAUAGAGUUAAAAUUUCCGACUUCGGACUGUCGAGAGCGUUGGGAGUCGGAAAGGAUUAUUAUCAAACAAAUUAUAAUGUUAAUCUGAAACUACCUGUUGCUUGGUGUGCACCCGAAUGUAUAUUGUACCUUCGUUUCACUUCGUCGAGUGACGUGUGGGCUUUUGGUGUUUGUUUGUGGGAGAUGUUCACCUAUGGUUUCCAACCGUGGGUGGCUUUUUCGGGACAACAAAUUCUGGAGGCCAUCGACGCGCCGAACUAUCAGAGACUAGAGCGACCAGAAUGCUGCCCUGAUGCAUAUUAUUCAUUGAUGUUGGAGUGUUGGGCUCAUAAUCCGAACGAACGACCAAAGUUUAAAGAUCUGAAGCCAAGGUUAAAACAAAUCAGACCUGAAGAGGUCCAAGUCACGUGUAAUUAUAACAAAGCGGAAGACGGCCGGAGAAGCAACUUCCUCGAAUAUAAAGCUGGUCAGAAGAUAACUGUACUAGGAAAAGAGAACUUCACAAAAACUGCAAUGUGGUAUGGAGUUCUACCAGGUGGAACGUGCGGGCUCUUCGACCCCAACUACACUAAACCAUACAUAAAGAAUGAGAGGUCUCAGUCAUUCGUGCCUGGUUCGUUCUCACCGCAUCCGGCACGGUCCAUCCGCUCAUCGCUAACUCGAACUGACGUUAAACGGCACACAUUCACCGGCAAACGCACUAUACAACGAAACAUGAUAUCUAGCCCACAAGGCGACGUGAAACACACAGGCCACGUGGGUUUGGAUGGCGCGUACUUCGGCGAUAUAUCGUUCCUGGAUCCGGCUGGCUGUCCCCCUCGGCAGAUUGUGACGCCGUACAGGCCCUCCGAGGAUUUGGAGCAGGUGCCCCUAAUCAACCCAAACUCACCGUCUCACCUGACAGCGGCAUCAACACCGUACCCCCUCCUGAGCUCAUCGAUAGAGCCGGGAGCGGACUGCGACCAAGUUGGUUUAUCCUGUGUAGACGCAAAACAAAAAACAUCUCGGAAGUGUCACUUAAAAUCGGUCUUGGAACCAACAACAAGCAAAAGCAUCCUUUUUAAGGUUAAGUCGGCUACCCUCAAGCGCUCCCAUAAAUCCCAAGAUGGGAUGCGCCCAAUCGAGGAUAGCCACGAGUACCACGAAAUCUCCGAUACGGAGACUGAAAGCACAGCUACGGAUCACAUUAAAACGGAUAUCAUGACAACGAAUGCUGAACAUUCGAAGGCAUACGCUGACUUUAGUAAGAGUCUGCUGGAUGAAAUGGAAUCGAUGUUUAAAAAUUUUGAUGAUAGGCGUCGCGACCAUAUCCGACACCAAUCUGAAAUCAAUGCUGUCUUAAGAGCACAUACAUUACAAAAACCAGAGAGGAAGAAACACUUUCAUACUGGUACCAUGAAACCGAUGUCAGCUCAUGAUGAGAAAACUUUGGAAAUUGCUGUAGCAAUGGCAAACGAAAUUACUACUAAAUCAAUGAAUAAUUUGGACGACAAUAAAACCCCUUUGUCGCCGAGCGAAAAGUCUAAGUUCCAUUUCAAAUUUCCUCUCGUGUCAUUACAUCACAAUAAUCAUCAUGACGCUGAUAAGGAAGCACCAGGAAAACGCAAUUUCAGCGAGGAGGCGAAAAGCGUACCCGACAUUCAGGCAACUAUAACAGAGGAAUCGAAAAUGGUAUACGCGAGCCUCAUUGAAGAGCCCACCCCGACAAUAUCUAUUAUCAAAAUGCCACAUGAAAUGACGUGUUCCUCGACGAUUCCAAAGGAAUCGCGAAGCCACUCAGCACGAAAGAAUUUUAACUCACUUCAAAAACCGCCUACGUCGGUCAUUGUUAAUGAGAAUGCUGUUGCUGAACUAAAUAACGAAACCCUUGUUGCUGACGUCACUAGUGUUGCUGCUAACCCUGUAGCUGGAACUAUUGCGGGGCCAACUGCGAGUCCUAUUUCUGAAUCUAGAACUACUCCAGCUUCGGUAGCAUCUGCUAGUCCCAGUGCUGAAGCUCCUGCUAGUCCUGUCGCAGGACCCUCAGCCAGCCCUAUGCCUGGACCGUCUGCAAGUCCCGUUGCCGGACCCUCUUCUGGCCCAACAAAUAAUGCCAGUUCCAUUGAAGCAUCUGCUAGUGAAGCAGUAAACAACGAACAGAACGAAGUACCGCUCCCACCGCGAGCAACAAAACCAAAGUUGGUCGAUAAACCGCGUCACGUACGCAAAUAUCCGCUCCGGCUGCCGGUGUGCUGCACGCCCGCAUCACCGGAGCACAGCAUAAAUAUUCCGCCGCCGCCGCCACCACCACCGCUGAUCUACCAGAACAUUCCAGCGGUUGUGCAGAACGCGUACACAGACGUGGCUCUACCGGCCCGCCGCGGUAUAUCGGACGCUGGAACGAAUCCGUUCUAUCCAUCGCACCCGUCAUACUCAGGUGUGAUUGAAAACCUGGACUUGAGAAACAACCCCUUCAAUUGCUACAUCAGCAAUUAUGACGCCCAAAACGAUGAAGGCGAAGACCGCAUCUUCGAGGAGGUCUACCUUAGAGAUUACGUCUCAGUCGAAGAUUUACUACAAUUCGCAGAUCGUAAACCGUCGUCAAGACAACGUGGUGUGGAGUCCGAUGAGGUCCGCAUCAUCAACAAAGUUAUCAAUGGAAAGGUCUCACCUGAAGAAUGCCUAGAAGCGUUAGAAUUCACUGACUGGAAUGUACACAUAGCCAUAAAGCUACUUAAAAUGAAGAUAACUGUAGCGGAUUCCACGGAAACAAAAUUUGAAGACUUUCAAAGGGAACUAGAGAAAGCGGAGGGUGAUGUCGCAAAAGCUGCGAUAGCGAUUAUUAACUUAAAUAAAAAAGACGAUGAUGUAUAA